UCUGAGCAAGUCUGCGUCAUUGCAAAGUUCAUUCAUAGUGCAUAAGUUGCACAACCACAAAACCGUUCUCGCACCUGAGUUAAACCGAAACUGACGUCACAAACUUCCUCUAACUAAUGAAUAGAAAUAGGUGUACUUGUGUCACUGUUCACGUUGUGUUUUAUUCCCCAUAUAAGUGGCAGAAUUUUAAAUCAAGUAGACAUAUCAAUUAAAUUAAUUUUGGAUAAAGGAGGAUUUAGUACAAAAUCACAUUUGAUAGACCAUUGUUCAUAGGGGUUAUUGAUACAACGUGAUUGAACUAAACAGAAGAAGUAGGGGUUAAAUUAAAAACCAUUUUGACAUACAGAACAUACACAUGCACACUUGUCAAGAGGCCAGGGCUUUCUGACAAGGUUUUCUUGGAUUAACAGAGCCAUAAUGGUACAAAUUAAACCUGUAAUUUUCCUGCUUCGACAAGUCAUAAUUAUGGUACACUUACAUGAGCAGAGUCACAAUUCUGUGUAUUAGUUUCCCUGAGGUAUUUUUCUGCUAUGACCAGUAUGUCAAAAUGUUUUGACGAAUUGGAUUGAAUGGAUAAAAACAUGCUGCAAAAGUACCAUGUGAAAUUUAAUACCACCACCAAUAUAUUAUCUCCACAUACAACAGCCCUGUUUAAUGAAAUUUGUAAUGCAAUGACCGUGACAUAGCUGAGUUUAUUUAUAUGGAUGUACAGGAACAAACAACACAGCAGCUGAACUUCCUCUCACAUGUCAAAUAGAAGCAAAAGACAAUGGCUCAUGUUGUGGAUGCUAGUUUCCUUUUUGUAUCUUUACCUGGAAUAGAGGUAUGACACAACUUUCACUCUCUGUAAGCAGUCUUUUCGUUAAUGUGGAAUCUAAAAAGGUAUAGUCCGUCAGUUCCCCAAGCUGUACACAGAUAUGCUGAAGGACUUGUUUGAGUCAUUCAAAAACAAGAAGCCACCUCAGGUUUACGUACAGGAAGCUUUUUUUUUUCUCAAACACUUCCGAAGAUGGUGAUGGUGAAACUAAAAUCAGCUGUCACUGUUGUGUGUGCUUAAAGCGCAUUUUCACACUUCUGCAUGUCACAGAAAGAGCUGAUACAAUAGAAGGAACAAGGCAGGAGCAUGUCUUUUAUGUAAGCAACUUCUGUGAGUGUGGACGAGGAUCACUGUUGCGUGCUUCAUCACAGCAGCAGCAGCAGAAGAAGAAGAAGAAGCAGCACACUGUUGGAUGUGCAGCCCCUUAGACUGGACAACAUCUUCCCCCUGUGAUGAUCGCAGUCAACAGAUCCCGGUCUCUCUACCAGAGACUCAACAGUGAUAUCAAAGACAGGCUGGCUGGUUGCUCCCUCAGUCUUCACAACUCAGCAUAUGUGACAGUAAACCUGCUCAGGGAUGUUGACCCGGUGGUCUCUGCCAUCAGAAGAGGGGAUGUGAAGGCUAUAAAUGAUCUGGCAACAUCUGCUCCUCACAGCCUGCUGAGGGAGAGCAAAGAUGGGUGGAUACCUCUACAUGAUGCUGCUUUUUGUUUACAGACUGAGUGCUUGAAGAGUUUACUGAAGGCCCAUCCAGGUUCAGUGGACAAACGUACCUUGCAGGAGCAGACAGCAUUGCUGCUCUCUGUGUCUUGUGAACACUUGUCAUGUGUGCGGUGUCUUCUGGAGGCCGGCGCCGACCCUGACAUCAGCAGCAAGAACAAAGAAACCCCUUUGUACAAAGCCUGUGAGCUGGAAAACGUGGACAUGGUGAGCCUCCUCCUGUCAUAUGGAGCCACAGUGAACCAGCGCUGUGGUCAGGGAUGGACAGCCCUCCAUGAGGCUGUGUCCAGGAACAACACAGAGAUCUGUGAGAUCCUCAUCAGAGCCGGGGCCACAAUCAAUCCCGCCAACACCUACAGCAUCACACCGCUCACUGUAGCCGCUCAGCGAGGGCAACUGAAGACACUUUGUUACCUUGUUGGGAAAGGGGCAGAUGUGAACAUGCAGACGUGUGAUGGUGUCACAGCGCUGCAUGAGGCGAGUAAAAAUGGCCACAAGGAAAUUGUCAGCGUGUUGUUGGCUAAAAACGCAGAUGCCAACAAACCAACAAACUCAGGACUUCUGCCGCUGCAUGUGGCUGCCCAGUACGGUCAUCAUGAGAUCUUGUCCCUGCUGGUCUCAGUGACGAGCCGAGCCAUUCUCCGUCACAGCUGUGUCAGCCCGCUCCACCUGGCAGCAGAGCACGACAGACACACGGUGGCAGCUGUGCUCCUCAAGACAGGUGCAGACGUAAACGCCACUCUGACCCACUGUCACUCCAUCCAGUACGCUGACCGACGUUCCACAGCCCUCUACUUUGCUGUUGCCAGUGGCAGCACACAGACAGCAGAAGUGCUGCUCAACGCUGGAGCUAGUUUAAGCCUGGACCCUGUCAGUCCACUGCUGAUGGCUGUACAGCGAGGCUGUGUCCGCACUGUGUCUCUACUUCUAGACAGAGGUGCUGAUAUGGAUGCCAGAAUACCGUCUUAUGCAGCAACAUUUCCUGCUGCUGUUGCGCUCUGCAUGAAUAAUCUGCCUCUGCUCAAGUGCCUUUUGGACAAUGGCUGCAAUGCCCUCUCCUGUUUUAAGUGUGCAUACAGCAGUGGUCCUCACCCAACAUCAGAUGGAACCCAUAUAAGAAGUGCUAGCAGCAAUGGGUAUGACCACAUGCUUCCAUUAAACUGCAGUGAGCCACCAGAGAGAGCAACACAGUUUUGUGAGUGGCUCGCCACACCAGUAAUGUGUAAAUCAGCAGGACCGGUCCUAGACCUUCUGCUGGAGCAUGCUGCUCAAGUUCAGCUGUGCAGCAAACUCAAUGAACUACUGGACAGCCGGGAAGAAUGGCUUGCUGUUAAGAGGAAGUUGUCGUCACCUCGUCCUCUUCUGCACCUCUGCAGAUUUAGGAUUCGGAGUCAAAUGGGGAGACUCAGACUGAGAUCUCUUUCAAGUUUACCUCUGCCAGACAGACUUAUCAGAUACCUGAGCCACGCUGACUGACUCUGAGAUGAACUAAAAACAAUAGAGGCAUCAAAGAUGGGACUAAAUUUAUCAUGUUUUGUUUCCUUUUUUAAAUGCAACUAAUAUCUGGACUCUUUAAAUGGUUUCCUCAAAGCAGCUCUUUAUAUCUAUUUAUAACCUGUGUAAUGUGACAAUGAGUCCCUUUAAUGUGUCCGUCUGAAUGUUUUGUAGUUUCUGAGUUAGAGUGAAAAUGAUCCAGUGCCCAAAGCAGUUCUCAAGGGAAAGUUGAAUCAUUUAUUUAAAAAUAAAAGUCAUUGUUUCAAA